AUGUCGGACUAUUUAGUUAAGGUUGAAGAAGGCCGUCCGGCGGCGGACGGGAAGCCAUCGGCAGGCCCGGUUUACAGAUGCAUUUACGCUAAAGAUGGUCUUUUGGAGAUUCCACCCGGAUUGGAAUCCCCUUGGGAUUUUUUCAGUGUUUCCGUGAAAGAGAAUGGCCAGAACCGGAUGCUCGGCCGGCGUCAAAUCGCGGACGGCAAGGCUGGGCCAUACAUUUGGCUGAAUUAUGACGAGGUGUACAACACCACUCUUCGAAUUGGCUCCGCCAUACGCAGCCGUGGCGUUAAUCCGGGAGAUACUUGCGGUAUAUAUGGCUCGAACUCUCCUGAAUGGAUUAUGGCAAUGGAGGCCUGUAAUAGUCAAGCUGUCACGUAUGUGCCACUCUAUGAUACCUUGGGUGAAAAUGCAGUCGAGUUCAUCAUAAACCACGCAGAAGUUUCAAUAGCCUUUGUUCAAGAAAGCAAGAUUCCUAAUAUCUUGAAAUGCCUUGCGAGGUGCAAUACUCAUUUGAAAACCAUUGUCAGUUUUGGAAGCAUUUCUAGCAUGCAAAAGAAGGAAGCUGAGGAGCUUAAUGUGGCUUGCUUUUCCUGGGACGAGUUCAAACUCAUGGGUAAUUUGGAGCAUGACCUGCCACCAAAACAAAAGUCACAGAUUUGCACUAUAAUGUAUACGAGUGGGACUACAGGAGAGCCAAAAGGUGUUAUUCUAAGCAACGAAGCCUUGAUGUCAGAAGUCGUAUCAAUUGAUAGACUGCUCAAGGAAACAGACAGAGUGGCCUCUGGAGAGGAUACAUUCUUCUCAUUUCUUCCAUUAGCGCACGUGUAUGAUCAGAUUAUUGAGACUUACUGUAUUUACAGGGGUGCUUCUAUUGGGUUUUGGCAAGGGGAUGUCAGAUACUUGAUCGAUGAUCUUUUAAAUUUGAAGCCCACAUUUUUUUGUGGAGUUCCUAGAAUCUAUGACAGGAUGUAUACAGGUAUCACAGAGAAGGUUGCAGCUGGAGGUUUAAUAAAGAAGACCUUAUUUGACUUUGCAUACAACUACAAAUUGAGGAAUAUGCGUAAUGGGCUUAAACAACAUGAAGCUGCCCCUCUCCUCGACAAGUUAGUCUUUGAUAAGAUCAAACAAGGUUUUGGUGGAAGGGUUCGUGCUAUGUUUUCUGGUGCCGCACCUCUGCCUAAGCAUGUGGAGGAAUUUCUGAGGGUUGCAUGCUGCACUGCUGUAUCACAGGGAUACGGGCUCACUGAAAGUUCUGGUGGUUGUUUCACAUCCAUUAAUGAUGUCUUCUCAAUGAUGGGAACAGUUGGUGUUCCCUUCCCGACCAUUGAAGCAAGGCUUGAAUCAGUACCUGAGUUGGGAUAUGAUGCUCUGGCUGAUGUACCACGUGGAGAAAUUUGUGUAAGAGGGAAAACCUUAUUUAAUGGAUACCAUAAGCGCCCCGAUCUCACUGCAGAGGUGCUUGUGGACGGAUGGUUCCAUACAGGUGAUAUUGGGGAAUUUCAGCCUGACGGUACGCUGAAGAUAAUUGAUAGGAAAAAGAAUAUUUUCAAGUUGUCUCAAGGUGAAUAUGUUGCUGUGGAGGGCCUUGAAAGCACAUACUCCCGCUGCCCCCUCGUGACUUCUAUAUGGAUCUACGGGAACAGUUUUGAGUCUUUCCUUGUGGCGGUAGUAGUGCCAGAAAAAGCCGCACUUGAGGAUUGGGCAGUUCAGAAUAAUAUGGAGGGGGACUUCAAGUCGCUUUGCAACAGUGUCAAGGCGAGGAAGUACAUCCUUGGCGAACUGAACAACACAGCCAAGAAACACCAACUUCGAGGUUUCGAGAUGCUAAAAGCAGUGCAUUUGGAUCCUAUUCCUUUUGAUAUUGAGAGAGAUCUGAUCACCCCAACCUUCAAACUCAAACGACCUCAAUUGCUUAAGUACUAUAAGGAUCGCAUUGAUCAACUAUACCUUGAAGCUAAGGAGCUCAAGAGUUGA